UUUGGUUGUUUCUCCGUGGUGUCUGGGUUCCUCUGGGCGGGCUAUUCCACUCUAACCACCGCCUCUUCCUCCUCCAACGUCCCUGGGACAGCCUCCUCCUAUUCUUCACUUUUGUCCCAAGACCCGUCCGGAGCCCACCGAGCUGCGGUGUGGCCCGCGUCCAGGACAACAACAUGGGAGGCGUCGCGUACCCGAGAUGACCGACGCUUGGGCGAAAAUCAACUUUUCCAGUGCGUGGAAACGUAAAAAGGAGACUUGUUUUCGGAGUCCCUGCUCCCCUCCUCUCUCCCCGUAGGAUUUGAUUCAAAGCCGAAAAGCAAGAUGGCCGCCGACUCCGUGCAGGGGGAUUCCAGGGUCCAGCUUGUUUCCGAGCGGCUCGGUCUUGGCAACAAUCUGGAACUGUCAGACACCAUGGUCCAGCAGAAACUGGAUGAGAUCAAGGAGCAGAUUCGCAGAGAGAUUCGCAAGGAGCUGAAGAUUAAAGAAGGUGCAGAGAACCUACGCAAGGUCACUACAGACAAGAAGAGCCUGGCUUAUGUUGACAACAUGUUGAAAAAAUCCAACAAGAAGGUUGAGGAGCUUCACCAGGAGCUGCAGGAGCUCAACGCCCAUAUUGUGGUUAAAGACCCUGAAGAAUUACAAGAAUGCCCUCUGACCCCAGAUACCCCCAACAGUGAGACGCGACUAUGGACAAGCAACAGCCGCCUAGCAGCCCUGAAAAGGCAGAACGACAUCGAGCUGAAGGUUAAACAAGGGGCUGAAAACAUGAUUCAGAUGUACUCGAAUGGUCCAUCCAAGGAUCGUAAGUUGCUGGCGACAGCGCAGCAGAUGCUCCAGGACAGCAAGAUGAAGAUCGAGUUCAUCAGGAUGCAGAUCCUCAAAGCAAGCCAGGCCAAUGAGCUGAGCUUCGAGAGCAAUGACGUGAUGGACAAGGCCAUCAUCAGUCCUCUGGACCUACGGGUGGAAGAGCUGUGUCACCAUGCCAGAAUAGAGUCUGCUGUAGCAGAGGGAGCCAAGAACGUCAUGAAACUCCUGGGCACAGGAAAAGUCACCGAAAAAAGAGCACAUUUAGAGGCGCAGGCUCGCUUUAAUGAGUCCAGCCAAAAGCUGGACCUUCUGCGCCAUUCGUUGGAGCAGCGCCUCAGCGAGCUGCCUAAGAACCACGCACGCAGCAACAGCAUCGUGGAGGAGCUGUCACUUCUUUCCGCGCCAGUUCUCAGCCCACGAUCCAGCCUCAUCUCCACGCAGAACCAGUACAGCACCGUCACCAAGCCCGCCGCACUCACAGGCACACUAGACGUCAGGCUCAUGGGCUGUCAAGACCUUCUGGAAAAUGUCCCCGGACGCUCCAAAGCGGCAUCUGUCCCGCUGCCUGGCUGGAGCCCUAGCGAAACGCGUUCAUCCUUCAUUAGCCGAGCAAACCGAAACCGCAGUGUGAGCUCCCGAAACAUGACAAAAAGCGAGGAGCUCUCCAACGAGAUUAGUGCAGUUUUAAAGCUGGACAACACAGUCGUAGGUCAGACCAGCUGGAAGCCUGUCAGUAACCAGGCCUGGGACCAGAAGUUUACUUUGGAGCUGGACCGGUCCCGUGAGCUGGAGAUCUCCGUGUACUGGCGGGAUUGGCGGUCACUCUGCGCGGUCAAGUUCCUGCGCCUUGAGGACUUCCUGGACAACCAGCGACACGGCAUGUGUUUGUACCUGGAACCAGAGGGGAUGCUGUUUGCCGAGGUGACAUUUUUUAAUCCUGUUAUUGAGAGACGACCAAAGUUGCAAAGACAGAAGAAGAUUUUCUCAAAGCAGCAGGGUAAGACUUUCCUGCGAGCCCCUCAGAUGAACAUCAACAUUGCCACCUGGGGCCGUCUGGUGAGAAGAGCCAUUCCCACCGUCAGCACCAAUUCCUUUAGUCCACAGACCGCUGAGACUGGUUCCAGCAGCAUCCCGGGUUCACCCACACCCUGCAGUGACCCACUGGUUACCAAGCUGGACUUUGACAGAGAGCCAACCCCGGGCCCCAAAUUCUACCCAGCACCCGAAAGCAUCCGCGAACUCCCAGAGCAACACAACAAGCUGCCUGACAAGGAGGAAGUGCAGGAUGCACUCGCCUCCUUCGACUUCCUGAACCAGAGAAACAGCCUUGCAUUGAAACCAGAUCUGGACUUGGUGGUAGAAACGGAGGUGCAACAUCCAGACCUGGAGCUCACGGCCUUCCAGAAAGAUGCUGAGAUAAGGGAGGAAGAGCAGUUUCACUUCAGUAUGAAAGACUUCAAAUGUAAUGCGGUCCUUGGAAGAGGCCAUUUUGGAAAGGUGUUGUUGGCCGAGUAUAAAAGCACAGGAGAGAUGUUUGCCAUCAAGGCUCUGAAGAAAGGUGACAUUGUUGCUCGUGAUGAGGUGGACAGCCUGAUGUGCGAGAAGAGGAUCUUUGAAACCGUCAACAGCGUGCGCCACCCCUUCUUGGUCAACCUGUUUGCUUGCUUCCAGACGCAGGAGCAUGUGUGUUUUGUCAUGGAGUACGCCGCUGGAGGCGACUUGAUGAUGCACAUCCACGCCGAUGUCUUCUCCGAACCUCGAGCCGUGUUUUACGCUGCCUGUGUCGUGUUGGGAUUACAAUUCCUGCACGACCACAAGAUCGUGUACAGAGACUUGAAGCUGGACAACCUGCUGCUGGACACGGAGGGUUACGUGAAGAUUGCUGACUUUGGCCUUUGUAAAGAAGGAAUGGGUUUCAGGGACAGAACCAGCACUUUCUGCGGAACGCCAGAGUUUUUGGCGCCUGAGGUCUUGACUGAAACGUCGUACACUCGUGCUGUGGACUGGUGGGGGCUUGGCGUGCUCAUCUUUGAGAUGCUGGUGGGGGAGUCACCCUUCCCCGGUGACGAUGAAGAGGAGGUGUUUGACAGCAUCGUCAACGAUGAAGUCCGCUACCCAAAAUUUGUCUCCACUGAAGCUAUCUCCAUCAUGAGGAGGCUUUUAAGAAGAAGCCCCGAACGUCGCCUGGGAGCGGGAGAACGUGACGCCGAGGAGGUGAAGAAGCAUUUAUUCUUCCGGAACACGGACUGGGAAGGCCUGAUGGCCAAGAAGGUCAAGCCGCCGUUCGUGCCGACCAUCCAGGGCGCCAACGACGUCAGCAACUUCGACAACGAAUUCACCUCGGAGGCGCCCAUCCUGACGCCGCCCAGGGAGCCUCGGAUGCUGAACUCUGGGGAGCAGAACCUGUUCACGGACUUCGAUUACAUCGCAGACUGGUGCUAGCUGCGCAAACCUCUUUUUAAAUGAACAUGAAGAAUUGUCCUUUUUUUUUUUUAAGGAGAAAAACACAAACUCUUGUUGGAGGAACUGAAGGAGGAGGAAUUGUGGCUCCUCCUGAACGCUGUCUGACCACUGAGAAUGUUCUUGACAGGAAGCAACAUCUUCUUUUACUUCGUCUCUGUGCAGACCUCCUUUUUACGGCUUUCCCUUUUCAUCCGGUUCCUCCCUGAAAGUGCUCAAACCACACAUCAACUCCUCCCCCUUUCUGUAACAAAGUGUCCACCUGAACGUUUCCAUCCAGCGUUAGGAGCCACAUCACCUGUCAAAAGCAUUCAUUUGACCCCACAAUGACAUGAUUUCAUUCAACAAUAAAUCCAACAGUUUAUUUCGUCGUGUUACCUCAGUGGACGCCGCUCCAAAGACACGCCACAAAGAUGAUCGGCGGCGAAUGAAAGGAAAAUGUGAUCGAGCAGAAAAUCCCGGAGACCCGAGCUGAAUUGUUGGGAAUCUUCUCUGAAUGUCAAUUUGCAUGAUUGAUGUCAACUGAUGAAUCACUGCAGGGUAUAUUAAAAAUAUAAAUAUCA